AUGGUGCCCUCUAUCGGCGAUGUCAGUGCUUCCAAAACGACAGGCCUCGCUGCCUUGUCGCAGGGCACUCCCUUACCUGGCAUACCCAAGUUCACAGACUUCGAUACCCAGAGAGAAUAUAUGUUGAAUCACAUGGCGGGUGCGUUCAGAGUAUUCGCUCGACAUGGGUUUGUUGAAGGAAUGGCCGGCCAUAUCAGUAUGCGCGACCCCGAGAACUCCGAGCUUUUCUGGACAAACCCGCUUGGAAUCCAUUUUGGUCUUCUGAAACCGUCCGACAUGAUUCUAGUGAAUGAAGACGGAGUCGCAGUCGGCGGCAACCUGUCUCGACCAGCAAAUGCCGCCGGAUUCCUCAUCCACAGCGCCAUCCACCGCGCUCGACCAGAUGUGAAUGCCGCGUGUCACUUUCAUUCCACGUAUGGCAAGGCGUGGUCGACAUUUGCGCAGCCUCUUGAAAUGCUGAAUCAAGACGUGGCGAUUUUCUACGGCGCGGCGCAAAGUGUCUAUAAAGAGUUUGGAGGCGUUGUUCUAAAAGAGGAGGAGUCAGCAGCAUUGGCAGAGAGUCUUGGUGAUGCGAAGGUGAUGAUUUUACGAAACCAUGGUCUCCUUACUGUUGGCGGGACUGUUGAUGAAGCUGCUUAUCUGUUUUUGUUGAUGGAAAAAAGUUGCAAAGUCCAACUAGCUGCCGAUGCUGCUGCUGCGUCUGGUCGGAAGAAGAUGCACAUCGAUGAUGAGGCCGCGCGAUUUACUUAUGAGAAUACAAGUGAUCCGGAGUCCCUAUUUGCGGAGUUCCAGGGUUAUCUGCAGUGGGAAUCAGCUGUUUCGCAUGAUGGAUACAAGGCUAUUGGAUGCUAA